UAUAUAUAUAUAUAUAUAUAAAUGCUUUUUGAAAUAAUGAGUAGUGAGCAAAUGGGAAAUUGGGGAAUAUUAGAAGAAGGUUGGAGAAAAGGCCCUUGGACUGCUGAAGAGGACAAAUUGCUCAUUGAAUAUGUCAAGUCGCAUGGUGAAGGCAGGUGGAAUUCUGUUGCUAGGCUUACAGGGUUGAAAAGAAAUGGAAAAAGUUGUAGGUUGAGAUGGGUAAAUUACUUGAGGCCAGACCUAAAGAGGGGGCAAAUAACCCCACACGAAGAGAGGAUCAUUCUUGAGCUUCAUGCUAAAUGGGGCAACAGAUGGUCAACUAUUGCUCGAAGCUUGCCAGGGAGAACUGAUAACGAGAUCAAGAACUAUUGGAGGACACAUUUUAAGAAAAAGACCAAGAACUCGUGCGCUAACUCUGAAAAAUCAAGAGCUCGUCUCUGGAAAAAACAACACUUCCUACAACAGCAACAGCUGCAACAACAACAACAAAUCAACAAUCAAAUCGAUAUAAAAAAAGUGAUGUCGUUAUUCGAUCCGAAUGAGAAUAAAGUCCCAACUAUGCCUCAAGCAAAACAAGAAAUGACAAUUUUGUACCCAAGAACAGUUGAUCAACAAAAUCAAGUUGGCUUCUUCUACUCUAUGCUCAAUAGUUGCUCUUCAGUAUCAGUGCCUGAGCCUUCCUCUAAUGAAGAUAUUAUGUGGGAUGGAUUAUGGAAUUUGGAUGAUUUUUAUGGCCAAUUCAUCAAUACUACAACUUACAACAAAACCAUUACUACUCCUAAUUGCCUGCAAACUAUGGCUACUACUCCAGCUUUUUAUUAAAUCAUCUUCAAGAAAAUUUCUUCAACUUCUAGUACUCUUUUCAGUCCUUUUUCUAAGUGCUUCUUUACAACUUGUUGCCGGUGGGGAACCAAAGAAGGUUUAUCCGACCAUGAUAUCCAUGCCUUGGAGCAACGAUAAAGUUGUUUCAAUGUGACGGUCACGGGUUCGAGUCGUAGAAUCAGUAGGUUGUCUACAUUACACACCUUGAGGAGCGGCCCUCCUGAUCGAACGCAAGAUACUUUAUACACUGUAUUGCCCAAAAAAAAAAAAAAGAAGAUUUCCGGUUAAAUAAUUUUGUAAGUCUCUAUAAGGUCGUGUUAGGACUUUCGACUUUAGUUUAACAUUAUGUACUUUGUGCUAUCUGAGCUGCAAAAAACGCUCAGUACUGGUGAUUAGUGUGAUGCUCAUGUUGAGGAAAUGUACCAUAUAAUUAGCUUGCUUGGAACUUA